AUCAACUCAUAUUUGAUAUUUGUGAAUAUUCAUAUCUUCUGUUAGUUGAGGGAUACAGUUAUCUUGAUACUGUUAUUCAUACCGUGAGAAUCAGGAAGGUGAGAUAUGGUGUGCCAGACCUUUGCUAGUUUAAAUGCUUAUUUCUGAAUCCAUUCUGCUACUUGCAGUGACAACAUAUGCAAUACUGAUCAUGAAAUGUACAUUAUGGUUACGGGCUACUAAAUAUUGACUAGAUCAGACAGUAUUUUACUUUUACUACUCCCUCUGUUUCUAAAUAUUUGUCUUUUUAGAGAUUUCAAAUGGACUACCAUAUACGGAUGUAUAUAGACAUAUUUUAGAGUGUACAUUCACUCAUUUUGCUUGGUAUGUAGUCACUUGUUGAAAUCUUUAGAAAGACAAAUAUUUAGAAACGGAGGGAGUAGUACGCAAACUUUUGAAAACAUUCUAAUCAACAUGCCAUUGCGGGUUGUGGCAGAUUUUUGAGUAAUUGAGUAAAUAUAAACCAAGCCUUGGAAGAAUGUAGUAUAAAUGUUCAUCUGUCCCUGUUGCAAAUAGCACUUUUGGAAGCAAGUGAAAAAGUCCACAGGUAAUCUCUUUUUGAUGACAGACCAUAGAAAGUUUGCUAACUUGGUUGAUGUUAUGAGCGGCAUAUAUUACAGCCCAGGCAGUUAGGGGCCUGGCCCAGUUAUCUUAUCGUGUUAGGGGCUUAGCCCAAUUAUAUCAUUAGGAGGAUUAUAUAAACUCAUGUAAGGACCCAUUUUGAGAUUAAGCAAGAAGCAAUCAUUAUUUGCUUGGCUUCCCGAAGGGAGCCGGGAGACCUAACCCUAGCCACCUCCUGCCAACGCCGCCGCCUCUUCCCUCGCGCACGACGGCGCCCAGCCGCCGGCGACCGCGAGAUCGCCCACGUCCAGCCCCUUCCUUCCCCUACAAUCUCCGCCCUAGACCCGGUAGAACCCUAGUUUCUACUACUUUGGUAUCAGCUAGCUCGGUUCCGGUCAUGUCUGCGCCGCCGCCCACCCCACCCGCGCUGCUGCCCAUCACCACCGCGCCGCUGCCCAUCACCACUGCGCCGCUGGUCCCCACCUCCGGCGUCCCCAUCGCCCAGCUGCCGGCGCCCUCCACUGCGCCGCCCGCCGCCGUCUACACCCCGGAGGAGGUCACCGGGGUCCUCCACGACCUCGUCACAGCGAUCCAGGAGAUCCGGCUAUACUUGGCCAGCCCCUACGGGCCUCUGCCACCCCCGCCGCCGGCUGCCGCCAUCGGUCCGCCGGCCCUGCCGUGGUACUUGUCGCACUCGGCAGCCUCCGCAGCGUUCGCUGGGCCGCUGCAGCCGCCGCCCGCCACCACCCUACAAUGGCCGCAGUGGCCGUCGCCGGCUCUCACGGCGCCCCCGCCCCCAUGCAACAAGCCGCCCCCGCCAGCACUCCACUCUGGCCGCAGUGGCCAUCGACGGCCCUCGCGGCUCCCGCCGCGCCCGUCGCCCACAUGCUGCAGCUGCUGUAGCUUCAUCCCGCCGCGCCCGUCACGCCCAUGCAGCAGCCGCUGCAGCCACAGGCACCCCCGCCGCUCAGCACCGGGCCGGCGAUGACCGCGUCGGCGGGCAUUCUGAUCCAACAGGUCCGGUUCCCACCCUCACCAUCACCGCUUCCGGCCUGGUUGGCCGGGUCGACGCCGCAGCCGGUCUACACUAUGGCCGGGGAACAGCCGGCGCCCACCCUGCAGUACGGCGGGCCCUCCGGCUCCACGGGUGCCUACGCGGGCCACGACGGACCGCCGUUUCACGGGGGACCCCCGGUGCCCACCGACCCGGCGUCAUCCUCUUCGCUGCCCCGUCCCGCCGAGUUGUACGCCCAUGGCGGUCAGGCCCCGACCCCGCCGCGCUUCGCCAAGCUCGACUUUGCCACCUACAACGGCACCGAGGACCCCCUCAACUGGCUCAACCAGUGCGAGCAGUUCUUCCGGUGGCAACGGACGCUCGCGUCGGACAGCACCUGGCUCGCCUCUUAUCACCUCCGUGGCGCCGCCCAGACGUGGUACUACGCCCUCGAGCAGGAUGAGGGCAGCAUGCCCCCAUGGGAGCGUCUUCGCGAGCUCUGCCUCCUUCGCUUCGGACCACCGAUACGCGGGAGCCGGCUGGCGGAGUUGGGCCGCCUCCCCUUCACCUCUACGGUGCAGGACUUCACCGACCGCUUUCAGGCCCUGGCGUGCCAUGCGCCCGGCGUGACGGCUCGCCAGCGGGCCGAACUCUUCGUCGGCGGUCUGCCAGAUCAUAUUCGCGUGGUCGUGGAGCUGCAGGGACCCCAGGACCUCUAGACGGCCAUGUACUACGCAUGUGCGUUCGAGCGCCGCGCGGUGGCCAUCCAGCAGGCAUCACCGUCUUGGGCCACUGGGCCGACACCCUGGCCGGAUGUUCCCGCGUAGGGUCGGCUUGCUCAGGCUUCCGCGGCACCCCUCGCCGCGGCCGCGGCGCGCCCGUUCCGCCGGCUCACCUCGGCCGAGCUGCUCGAGCGUCGCCGCCAAGGGUUGUGCUUCAACUGCGACGAGCCCUACGUGCCCGGCCAUGUCUGCCCACGCCUCUUCUACCUGGAGGUUGCGGACUACAUGGAGGAGGACGCCGCCGCCGCCGGGCUUGGCGACCUGCACGCCCCAGCUGCCGCGGAGGUGUUUGGCGACGGGUGAUCACCUCGAGGAGUUCCGCAAGCGCUUCCCCGCCUUCCAGCUCGAGGAUGAGCUGUUUGUGCAGGCAGGGAGAAAUGUUAUGAGCGGCAUAUAUUACAGCCCAGGCAGUUAGUUGCCUGGCCCAGUUAUCUUAUCGUGUUAGGGGCUUGGCCCAAUUAUAUCAUUAGGAGGAUUAUAUAAACUCAUAUAAGGACCCAUUUUGAGAUUAAGCAAGAAGCAAUCAUUAUUUGCUCGGCUUCCCGAAGGGAGCCGAUAGACCUAACCCUAGCCGCCUCCUGCCAACGCCGCCGCCUCUUCCCUCGCGCACGACGGCGCCCAGCCACCGGCGACCGCGAGAUCGCCCACGUCCAGCCCCCUCCUUCCCCUACAAUCUCCGCCCUAGACACGGUAGAACCCUAGUUUCUACCAGUUAAAUUAUUUUUGUCGCAAUAUGAGUCCUCCAUCUUUUUCAUUUAGAGAUGACUUGGCAAGUGAGAAGAAGCAAACAUUCUCAGGGAAAUUACAUAAAACAACAACUAACUGAUAAUGUUACCUAGUGUAAGCUUUCUUGUCGUUACUUUUAUUAUUCAGAUGUCUUUCGAUCACAUCUCUGGCGUGGAUGUCAAGCGAAGCACUUAUAGCUAAACUAACUUCUGAAUGCUUAUUUGUCCUGCUUUAUUAUGUGCUAUUCAUUUAUUUGUAGAGCUAGUGUGUUAUUUCUAACACAUUUCCUUUUCGUGUUCUUAUUUGCU